CAGUGUGUUCUAUAAAACCAUAACCAAGUCAUUUGGAGUGCUCCCCAAGACGGUCCCAUCUGUUCUCUUCCUCGCCGUUCUCUCUGUCGCUUGCUCGAUCGAUCGCUGAUGUCGAUCUUUGAGUACAAUGGGAGCGCCGUGGUGGCGAUGGUGGGCAAGAAUUGCUUCGCGAUUGCCAGCGACCGACGCCUCGGGGUCAACCUCCAGACCAUCGCCACCGACUUCCAGAGGAUCUUCAAGAUCCACGACAAGCUCUACAUCGGCCUCUCUGGCCUGGCCACCGAUGUCCAAACCCUGUACCAGCGGCUUAUCUUUCGCCACAAGCUAUAUCAGCUGAGGGAGGAGAGGGAUAUGAAGCCCCAGACCUUCGCUAGCCUCGUUUCCGCUCUUCUGUAUGAGAAAAGAUUUGGUCCAUACUUUUGCAUGCCUGUAAUUGCUGGACUAGGUGAUGAUGAUGCUCCAUUCAUUUGUACCAUGGAUUGCAUCGGUGCCAAGGAACUUGCCAAAGACUUUGUCGUUUCUGGUACAGCCUCGGAGUCUCUUUAUGGUGCCUGUGAGUCGAUGUACAAACCUAAUAUGGAACCUGAAGAAUUAUUUGAGACAAUCUCACAAGCUUUACUAUCAUCUGUGGAUCGUGAUUGUUUGAGUGGUUGGGGAGGCCAUGUCCUUCUUGUGACACCCACUGAAGUGCAGGAAAGAACCUUGAAGGGCCGGAUGGAUUAAGUUUGUAGUUUUAAGAAAUAGUAAGGAAAUUGAUGUUCUCCUUAAAGUUGUCGGAGGGAAGCUCACAGUCCAUAAUGUUAUGUUGGUGCCCAUGAUGCGAGACUGCAGCUCUUUAUUCAUCAUUAAGAUUCUGGUUCCAUUAGAAUUUGGGAAACAAAAUAUGGUUUCUUGAUCUGGUUUUCAAUUUGAUUUGCUUAUUUGCAGCUUAAAAGAAGACUAAAUGCCAAGUUUGUUUCCUGCGAGCAGUGUGUUGGGUUUAUGCACUUUGAUUUCUAAUCAAAUGAUGCUGUCAUAUUGCUUAUUGAAA